AUGGCCCUAAAUGAGGGGCUUGCAUUUUCUAGCGGCAGUGUGACGACUGACGCCACCUCUGCCCCGGGAGACUGCUUGCGAGGCCUCAGCGACUCCAGCGUUGGGCAUCUCAUCGAGCCCCUGAACUUCCAAGGGGUACGUACAAGUUUGGGUAGUGGAGGGCCCUCUAAUGGUGCAGACGGCGGCAACGAAGCACCCUUUCUCUAUCGCCUAUCUGAACAGGUCGCUGCAUUGGCUGCUCUCCUCCGACCAACUCGAACUAAUAGUGAGAGAGUCCCGCAACAGUUGCCUUCAGGUGGAAACACCUUACUGCCUAUUCAGCAGGCAGGGCAUCCCCUGAAAUACCUGACUUUGGCAUCAGGGUUGUUGACUUGCAUUUGGGGUUGGCGCGCGGGGCGGUCGAUAGAACGUGUAGUUGCGCGGCGCUAUGCAGACAUUGCCUACCAAAUUCGUCGGCCAGAUGCUUUAAGCGCUCGCAUCAGUGCCUUCAAGUUCCUUGUUUUGGGUGGGCUUGUGCUGCCGGGAUCAGCUGUUGCAUUUGCGAGCCUGCAAAUGGAGGCUACACAUCCAGCUGGCAAGGCAGGUGACUCCCAAGCGACUCAGGAGGAGCCGGACACACAGUCGAAUGCCUCUAUCCGCAGGCGGGCUGUCCUUGCAGAAAUUGUCCCUGUCAGCUUACAAGUGGACAUGCGCCGGCUGGUGAGUUCGGCGGAUGAUAUAGGCCUAACUGUCUCCCCCGCUUGA